GACAAUCCACGGGCUGAUCUACAAUGCACUGAAGCUAUUCAUGGAGAUGAACCAAAAGCUCUUUGAUGACUGCACGCAGCAAUACAAGGCAGAGAAGCAGAAGGGAAGGUUCAGGAUGAAGGAACGAGAAGAAAUGUGGCAGAAAAUAGAGGAGCUGGCCCGGCUGAACCCCCAGUACCCCAUGUAUUACGCACCUCCACCAUUGCCUCCUGUCUGCUGUAUGGAGACAGAGACCCCAACUGCGGAGGAUAUACAGCUACUGAAGAAAACAGUGGAGACAGAGGCUGUGCAGAUGCUGAAAGAUAUUAAGAAGGAGAAAGUUUUGCUGCGCCGGAAAUCUGAGCUUCCUCAGGAUGUCUACACUAUAAAAGCCCUGGAGGCCCACAAGAGAGCAGAAGAGUUUCUCACCUCAAGCCAGGAGGCUCUCUGACAGGCUCAGGAGCUGGCCUGGGAAGCUCUGCCCCAUCCCUUUUCCCCAGGGGUCACAGAAAUGCACUUGGUUCUUAUGUAUAAAUAAGGAAUGAACAUGGUGAGCUGUGCCUGUCCUCCACUCCAUCUGCAUCCCUCCAGGGUAGAUCUGGUUUUAUAUUAGAACUUGUAUCUCACCACUGUCACGUCCUCCUGCUUUCCUCCGUCCUCUUGCUUUUCCACCUUGGGUGUGCGUGCGUGAAGGGAGCCUGCCUGACCUGCCAUUGUAUCAGCCCAGGCAGGAGUCACUUCGUUUCCAGCUGCUGCCUGGUUCUCGCCCCGUCUG